UUUAGUUUCACAAAAAAAAAAAAAAAAACUCUGAAGUUUCUUUCUCUUCUUUCUUUAUUUGUGUUUGUGUACAGAAGAAGAGGAAGAAAGAUAAGAAAAGCAGGUGACGAAACGCCGUCGUUUUGAUCAUCAAGAUCAUCGCCAUCGUCUUCGUCCACGUCGUCGUUUUGUUUUUUUAUAAUUGAUCGUGGUGGUGUAGAGGUAGAGGAUAGGUGUAAGGUAUGGAAUUUGUCGGAGCCAGUGAAACGGCGUCGUACACGUGGCCUCCAAGAAUACCAAGACGGCUGAGCAGAAGACUGCUUCUCCACUGUAAGACUCCCUGCACCGUCGAACAAAUUGAAGCCAAGCUUCAUCUCGCCGAUCUUCGCCGCCAGCAAUACUAUGAACAAUUAUCAAGCAAGGCACGGCCAAAGCCUCGAAGUCCUGCGAGGUCCUCCUCGAAUGAGGAGAACCUUGGUCAGCGCCUCGAAGCUAAGCUACAGGCCGCUGCUCAGAAAAGGUCGAGCAUUCUGGCGAAGGCUCAAAUGCGCUUAGCUAGGUUAGAUGAGUUGCGACAAGCAGCUAAAAGUGAGGUAGAAAUGCGUUAUGAGAAGGAGCGUGAAAAGCUUGACUCAAAAGUACAAUUGCGUGUUCAGCAGGCAGAGGCCAAUAGAAUGCUUAUGCUUAAGGCUUACAGACAAAGAAGGGCUACGUUAAAGGAGAGAUCAUCUCAGUCAUUAUUGAGGAAGAUGGCUCGGGAGAACAAAUACAAGGAAUGUGUGCGAGCUGCGAUUCACCAAAAGCGUGCAGCUGCUGAAAAGAAGCGAUUGGGACUUCUGGAAGCAGAGAAGAAGAGAGCCUGUGCUAGAGUUUUGCAGGUGCAUCGAGUUGCUAAGUCUGUCUCUCAUCAACGCGAGAUUGAGAGGAGGAGAAUGAGGGAUCAGUUGGAAGAUCGGCUACAAAGAGCAAGGAGACAGAGAGCAGAGUAUUUAAGGCAGAGAGGAAGGCUUCAUACCAUUCAAGUGGACUGGAAAAGGAUGCACAGGCAGGCUGAUCUUCUUUCUAGAAAAUUGGCAAGGUGUUGGAGGCGGUUCCUUAGACAGAGAACUACCUUGACCUUGGUGAAAGCUUAUGAUACCCUGAAUAUUAAUGAGAAGUCUGUCAAAUCGAUGCCCUUUGAGCAGCUUGCUCUUUUGAUAGAAUCACCUGAUACUCUACGUGCUGUGAAAGCUUUACUUGAUCGAUUAGAGAGCCGAUUAAGAGUCUCAAGGGCUGUUGCUUCUAAUCAUUCACCUGGUUUGGAGAACAUUGAUCACCUUCUCAAACGAGUUGCUUCUCCAAAGAAAAGGAGUACCCCGAGGUCAUCUUUGAGGAGCAGAGACACAAAGAAAGCUGCUACAGCCAGGGAAGCAGCUAGAAAUCCAGCUAAACAAUCAAGAUAUCCAGUCAGAAUAACCCUUUGCUCUUACAUGAUCUUGAGUCAUCCAGAAGCAGUUUUCAGUGGAAAAGGAGAGCGUGAGAUAUCCUUGGCCAGGGCUGCAGAAGAAUAUGUUAAGGAACUUGAGCUUUUGCUGAAGAUUGUAUUAGAGGGGCCUGUGCACAGUUCUGAUGAAGAGUCUGAUUCCAUGGCACAGAAACGGUCGACCUUCAGAUCUCAGCUAGAAGCUUUUGAUAAGGCAUGGUGCUCUUACUUAAAUUGCUUUGUUGUGUGGAAAGUCAAGGAUGCACAGUUGUUGGAAGACGACUUGGUGAGAGCAGCUUGCCAGCUAGAGCUCUCUAUGAUGCAAAAGUGCAAGAUAACCCCUGAAGGGGAUAGUAGCAAUCUUACUCAUGAUUUGAAGGCUAUUCAGAAGCAGCAUGCCACUUCCUGUGAUCACGAGAUGGGAAAAGUUACAGAAGAUCAGAAGCUUUUGAAGGAAAAAGUGCAACACCUAAGUGGAGAUGCUGGGAUUCAGCGGAUGGAAUGUGCAUUAUCUGAAACAAGAUCCAACUAUUUUAUAGCAAAGGAAAAUGGGAACCAUUCUGGGCCACAGAUUACUCCUUUUAUUUCUCCAAGCCCACCUACUUCCACAGCUGGUUUGUCUGUUGCUAGCACAGAUAAGAGAAGUCACGUGGGUGAGGAUUCUGCGCAACCGAGCCGUGUAGUUCGUUCCUUGUUCAGGGAAGAUAGUAGUCCUGAAAAAUCAAGUUCUUCUGCACCAAGAACCAUUUUGGAUGGACAGCUAGGAUCUUCUGUCGAGAAGUUGGUCAUGGAGAAUGAAUUUAUUGUAAAUGAAUUCCUUCACAAGCAGCAAGAUGCUUUUAGUGAUAUCUUUAAUUUGAACGAUGAAGAUCAAAAUGGCAUAAAGGCAAAGGUAAGAGAAGCAAUGGAGAAUGCUUUCUGGGAUAGCAUCAUGGAAUCCAUGAAAAGUGGAGACCCUAAUUAUGACCGAGUUGUACAACUAAUGAGGGAGAUGAGGGAUGAACUUUGUCAGGUGGCUCCAGAGAGCUGGAGACAAAUGAUUGUUGAAACUAUUGAUUUAGACAUUUUUUCUCAGGUGCUUAAAUCAGGUAAUUUGGACAUUCACUAUCUGGGAAAGAUUCUGGAAUUUGCAUUGGACACGUUGCAAAAACUAUCCUCACCUGCUACUGAUGAUGAAAUGAAGACUACUCACCAGGGGUUGAUGAAAGAAUUAGCUUGUAUAUGUGAAGCCAGAGAUGGCUCAAACAAUUCAAGUGUAAUUGCAAUGAUCAAAGGUCUGCGCUUUGUCCUAAAACAGAUUCAGGUGCUUAAGCGAGAGAUAAGCAAAGCACGCAUAAGACUCAUGGAACCAUUGUUAACGGGGCCUGCUGGUCUGGAUUACCUGAAAAAUGCAUUUGCUAAUCGCCAUGGAUCUCCGUCUAAUGCCAAUUCCUCCCUACCAAGAGCAUUGCAUUGGCUGUCAUCUGUGUGGAAUUGCAAAGAUCAGGAGUGGGAAGAACAUGUGAAUUCCAUCUCUACUUUGGACCAUGAAAGUUCAUCUCAUGGAUCAAUUCCAUCCACCACCCUUAGAAGUGGUGGAUCUUUUGUGCUCAAACCCAACUCAGCUUCUCUUACACCCGGUGCUAGCACCACCACAGGCAAUCAACAACUGGAAUGCAAGGGAGAAAAAGUUGAUCUGAUGGUCAGGUUAGGCUUGUUGAAGCUUGUAAGCGACGUAUCUGGUUUGACCCAAGAGGUUCUGCCUGAAACUUUCACGCUGAAUUUCUCUAGGCUGAGGACUGUUCAGGCUCAACUUCAGAAAAUUAUAGUAACUGCUAUCAGCAUUCUUAUAUGCCGACAAACUCUUUUAAGUGAGAGAAUCAUAGACAGCCUGGCAGCAAUGGAGGGCAUACUAUCAGAAUGCAGCGAGAGCCUCGUGGAGCUCCUGGAUCGUGUCGAAGAUGCAGGAAUUGAAGAAAUUGUUGAAUCAAUUAGUAGGUUCUUUACAGACAGUAGCGAAGACAGCCAGAAGCUUCAAUUGCGGAAGGCGGUCAUGGCAAGGAUGUUAACCAAGAGCAUGCAAGCUGGAGAUCCUGUGUUUGAAAGGGUAUCCAGUGCUGUCCAUAGGUCUGCAAGGGGAGUUCUGCUUGGGGGAAGCGGGCUGCAUGGAAGAAAACUAGCUGAAAUGGCACUCCGGCAAGUCGGAGCUGCUGUACUGACUAAAAAAUUGGUGGAAGCUGCUGAAGUUUUAGUGGUGGCUGCUACUGUGUCAGUUAGUGUUCAUGGAGCAUGGUACAGACAACUAACUGAUAACAUGUGAAAGUUUGCAGAUACGAAGCCGUACAGAAUAAGAUAUUGUAUGUAUGGUGCUUGUAGCAGUUUGUGUCAUGUGUAUAAAGCUGUGCUUGAUUAAUUAACUGCAGUUGUAGAUGAGUAGAUAGCUUCUCUUUUUUAUGCAAAAUUAUUGGAACACAUCAGGAGUGUAAAUAUGUUUGGAUGUAAUAAAAGGUCUUGAUUUCUUUCCUAA